CAUUAGUGUGUCAUCCGGUUGAGGAGUGGAGGACUGAGAGCAAGCUUUCGGCAGCGAAUACAGACUUCGUAUGAAUGCACAGACGCGGGCGGCUCUGUCGGCUGCAUCCGGGACGAAGCUGCGACUGAAUGAACCCGAAAGCGAGUCAACUUCGAUAAGGCAGCCAUCAGUCCCCGCCUGUGUAGUCUGUCACCCCUCCAUUCCAAGCCAUGAAUAAACAACCAAGCAAAGAGAGUCUCAAGGACAAGGUGAAGGGGAUCUUUGGCCUGGGACCACCUCGUCCACCAAGUAAACAAAGUGACGCUAAACCCUCUGAGCUUAUAAUCACGACAGACAUCAUCAAGGAGCUCCACCCAGACUGUGGUCUGAGCAACCGUGUUCGCAUGAUGAACCACAUCUGCGAACUUGCCAAAACAAAAAAGUUUGAGGAGCAUGCAGUGGAGGCUGUAUGGAAAGCUGUGGAGGACAUGCUCACUCCAGAACAGCCACCAGAGGCCAGACAUGCUGUUCUGCAGCUGCUUAGGGCCAUUAUACAAGGACAGGGUGAGCGGCUCGGCCCUCUGAGGGCCUACUUUUUCAAAGUGAUCAGAGACUACCAGCCCAGUAAUGAGGACCUGUCGGACAGACUUGAAGUCUUUAAGGCUUUAACCGAAAAUGGAAAGGACAUUACAUACCUGGAGGAGGACAUAGCACGCUUUGUCCUUCUAUGGAUGGACAUUGGUCUUACCUCCGACUUCCUCCAUGUUCUUGUAAAUCUGGUGAAGUUCAACAGCUGCUACCUAGACCAAAACGUUUCCAUCAUGGUCCAGAAAAUCUGUCUUCUGUGCAAUAGGACAACCUCUUCAACUGAUAUCGAGGUGGCACUACAAGUUCUAGAUGCUGUGGUGUGCUACAACUGCCUGCCUUCAGACUCCCUCACGUUUUUCAUCAUCACACUUUGCCGAACUGUGAACGUUAAAGAGUUUUGUGAAUCCUGCUGGAAGCUGAUGAGGAAGGUGCUGGGGACUCACCUCGGGCACAGUGCUAUUUACACCAUGUGUCGCAUCAUGGAGGAGAGGGUGUACAUGGAGGAUGCACCUUUGCUGAGAGGAGCAGUGUUCUUUGUUGGAAUGGCACUGUGGGGUGCACACAGACUCCCUGCCCUCAAAAACACACCAACACUUGUUCUGCCAUCUUUUUACAAGGCCAUGUCAUGUGCCAAUGAGGUCGUGUCCUAUGAAAUCGUCCUCUCCAUCACCAGACUGAUCAAGAAGUACGGCAGAGAGCUGCAGGUGGUCACUUGGGACAUCCUUCUGGGCAUCAUAGAGCGACUGCUGCAGCAGAUCCAGACAAUAGGAAGUGCAGAGCUGAAGGCCAUCGUGUACGAGCUGUUGACCACAGUGGAAGAGCUGUACGAGCAGAACGGUUACCACGGUUCAACAGAGAGGUUCUUUUGUCUGGUGGAGAAAUGUGCUGAUAAGAGACCUGAUGCAUCAGUGCUGACCCUGAUCUCGUACAGGGCCCAGUCAAUCCAGCCUGCGAAAGAUGGCUGGAUUCAGAGUCUUUACCGCCUCAUGGAGAAAUUCUUCAGGAAUGAGACUCGCAGUGUCAUAAGGAUCAAAGUGCUUCAUAUCUUGUCCUUUGUUCUCAGUACAAACCGACAGCUCUAUGAGGAUGAGUUGAUUGAAAUGGUGGUGAUCCCUCAGCUCAGUGGAAUCGCUGAAGACCGGGAUUUGGCUGUCAGGAAACAGGCUACGCAGCUACUGGUGGACCUCGCUGAGGGCUGCAACACUCACCACUUCACCAGCCUGCUGGACAUCAUUGAACGGGUCGCCAGUCGCUCUCUGGUGUGUUCAGGACCUCUGGAGGUUUCUGAGAGAGACCCAACAGCAGAGUCUCCUAUGGAGGAUGUCAGAACUGCUAUACUGGGCCUGCUGGAAAUCCUGCAGAGCAAACUUUACAGCCUACCAGCCAGCCAUGCGAGUCGUGUUUAUGAGUUGCUUAUCAGCCACCUUCAGCUUCACUACAAAAACAAGUACUGUUCAGCUAUCGCUUCCACUAUCAGACUCCAGGUGUUUGACUUCUUCCUAAUGAUGCGUGCAGACUCUCUUCACCGUCUCGGGGUUCCUAACAAAGAUGGGGCGAUGAGAUUCAGCCCUUACUGCUACUGUGACACAGGGGAGCCAGAGAAGCGUGCCAGUGAUAAGAAGCCAACAGGUUCAACAUCUCCUCCUGCUGGCAGCCCUGCUCCCCCUGCUGCUCCCCCUGCUUCUACAGCCUCAAUACGCUCAGCCUACCUUCCCUACGCACCUGCCUUCAGUGUCCUCCUGCAGUGCCUCAAGAUGGAGACAGAUUGGAAGGUGCUGAAGCUGGUUCUAGAGAAGCUGCCGUGGAUGCUGCAGUACAAAGUGCUGCUGCUCACGUCACCGUGCAGCUUAGACCAGCUCUGUUCUACACUCUGCUGCAUGGUGACAGAUCGUCUGAUCUCAGAGCGCUUGAAGAAGACUCCAGAUGGGUUUUCCCGCACAGACGUUCAGCUGGCAGUGGUUCCUGUCCUUACGGCGAUCACCUCCUACCACAACUACUUGGAGCAGUCGAGACAGAGAGAGCUGGUUCAGUGCCUCGAGACUGGCCUCAUUUACCGCUGUGCCAAGCAGUGUGUGGUUGCCCUUACAAUGUGUACGGUGGAGAUGCCUGAUAUCAUGAUCAAGCUCCUCCCCGCUCUUAUUGUCAAGCUCACCCACAUCUCUGCUACUGUUGCCAUGGCAUCACCAAUGCUUGAGUUUCUCUCCACUCUGGUGCGCCUGCCCCAUCUGUAUGCCAACUUUGUAGCUGAGCAGUAUGUUAGUGUAUUUGCCAUCUCACUACCGUACACUAACCCUUCAAAGUUUAACCAGUACAUUGUGUCCCUGGCCCACCAUGUGAUCGCCAUGUGGUUCAUACGCUGCCGACUCCCCUUCCGCAAGGACUUUGUUCAGUACAUCACAAAGGGUUUGCGUUCCAACGCCCUGCUGCCAUUCGAUGACAACCACGAGCAAGGUCCGUUUCGUGCCCGAAGCACCAGCCUCAAUGAAAGGCCCAAGAGUCUGCGGGCGGCGAAAGUGGCAAAGGCGGCAGCAGCGGUAGCCAAUAGCAGCAGCUCUCCAGUUAAAGAGCUGAGGGACCUUUCAGCCAUGGACGCUUUCCGCUCCCGCAGCAUCAGCGUCUCCGAACAUGCGGUCCGCAGGAUGCACACCUCGACCACCACCUGCAGUCUGGGCUCUGCCGAUGAAAAUGCGGUAACUCAGGCAGAUGAGGGGCUGAAGACCGUCCACCUGGAGCUCACAGAGACCUGUCUGGAUAUGAUGGCACGAUAUGUGUUUUCCAACUUCUCUGCUCUACCCAAAAGGUCUCCCAUCGCAGAGUUCCUCUUGGCAGGAGGCCGUAGUAUGACCUGGUUGGUGGGCAACAAGCUUGUUACCAUAACAACCAGCGGAGGGGUCAGAACACAAGCGCUGCUGGGCCUGGACAUGGCUGAACGCCUGGGAGGAGGAGGAGAAAUGACCAGGUCAGAUCCAUCGCUACACACCCGCAUGACCAAAGAGGCUCCAGCCAAACUGGAGUCACAGUCAAGCCAGCAGCAUAACAGAGCUACGCGGAUACGGGUUCGCUCCAUAUCAGGUGGUCAUGCUCUUCGUGCUGGUCCUGCUCAGAGCCUCAGUCCUUUGGUGUCCCCCUCUGAGGGUGAGUUAGCUGCUCCACUUUCUCCCUCCUCCGGUCCCACCCUGGACAGUCUGGGUCCUCCCUCCUCCACUUCUGCCAACCCAUCUGCUCCCCUGCCUCUGAAAGACAACCCCAGCCUGGCUGAGUUUGUCCCAAUGCUCACGCAAGGCUGGGCAGAGAUCUUCAUACGUAGACCGUCAGGUAACACUAGCUGGCUGAUGUGUUUAGAGAACCCACCCAGCCCCUUCUCUUCUGAGCUCGGCAACAUGCCGCUGCAGGAGCUCUCCAGUGUCCUGAUGGCGAUGGAGGGAGUGAAGGAGCCUCCUACUCAGACAGCCAGUGCUCCUGCCAGCACAACUGCACCUGCCCCAGCACCUAUUUCUGAGCCCUUAAUCCAAACACACAGCAACAUCGGAGGGAAGACACACCCAAUGCAGCGCUCCAACACUGUGGGCUGCUCUCUCUGGUCUCUGGGUCUGGGCACUGCCCCCCCAGGCCCUCCGGCCCCUGGCAGGUUGCACAGGAGCAUUUCAUGGGCAGACUCUGUGGUGGUCCUGGAGGAGGGCUCAGGGGUCAUCACAGCACACACCCCUCCUGAUUGGCUGGAGAGUGAAGAGUUUGAGCCAAUGCCUUCAGAUCCCAUUGUCAUGUCUGCUGACAAGUUCACAAAGACUCCCCCUCCUGGAACACUUAGCAGGUCCUCCUCUACCUCCAGUCAAGAUGAUGAAAAGUCGACUCUGGAAGAAGUGAGUGAAGGAGCGAUUCCUAUUGAUCAGCCCAGUCUAGGACCCUCCACCCCAGGCAGUCAGGGGCCUGAACUUCCCUUUCAGACCCACACACAGUCCCAGGGUCAUGGACUCAACAAGUCCAGCUCCUCACCAGAGCUCCAAACUUUACCUGAAGCUUUCACCAAAGCCGCCAUGGAGUCUGAGUCUGUGCUGGGAGACACAUCGCGGCCCCGAGCGCCCUCAGACGGCAAACCUCAGCUCCAGCAACCUCAUUUUGACAAAGACAAGGUGGAGGGAAGUGCAGGAGGGGAUAUAAAUGGACUGGCAGGGCAGAAUCAAGCAGGUGAAGGUCCAGGUGCUGUACCAUCUCAGAGUGGAGCUGGGGUGAUGAGGUUGUCUUUUCCAGCAGCACCAGCACCACCCGGACCCAUCUCCCCCAGUGGAGGCCACCGACCCCGGGGUCACACCAUCUCAGUAUCGGCCCCUUCCUCCAGGAGGGAGAGGAGGACAGAGAGGGACUCUUACCACAGUCGACCUGGACCCAGCAACACAGAGAAAAUCUCUGGACUUAGUCCCAGCUUCGUCUUCCUCCAGCUCUACCACUCUCCUUUCUUUGGGAAUGAAGCCAACAAGCCGCUGCUGCUGCCCAAAACUCAGGUGAUAGAUCGUGCUGUGAAGGUUCUAGACCAGAUGCCUCCUUAUGACACCCAUAAGAUUGGAGUGGUGUUUGUAGGAGCUGGUCAGGUUAACAAUGAGGUUGCCAUCCUGUCGAAUGAGUACGGCUCGAACCGCUACGCCGCCUUACUCACAGGCCUCGGUAAAUUAAUCCACCUGAAAGACUGUGACCCCGACCAGAUCUUCCUUGGAGGACUGGACCAGUACGGAGAUGACGGAGAGUUCACCUACUGCUGGCAUGAUGACAUCAUGCAAGCCAUCUUCCACAUCGCCACAUUGAUGCCAAACAGGGAGAGCGACAAGGGCUGCUGCAACAAAAAACGACACAUUGGCAAUGAUUUUGUCAUGGUGGUGUACAAUGACUCCGGAGAGGACUACAAACUAGGCACGAUCAAGGGUCAGUUCAACUUUGUAGAAGUCAUUAUAAAACCACUGGAUUAUGAAUGUAACCUCGUCACCCUUCAGUGCCGCAAAGACCUUGAGGGGUUAGUAGACACAACAGUGGUGAAAAUUGUUUCAGACUGCAACCUUCCGCUGUUAGUCAGGCAGAUGGCUCUGCAUGCAAAUAUGGCUUCUUUGGUGCAUCAGUACAGAGCUAAUCCCUCUGAUGCAUACGCCUCUAAGUGGCUGGCAAGAUUACGACACAUUAAAAGGAUCAGGACUAGAGCCCAGGAAGAUAUUCAGUCUCGAUCAACUCCUGGCAUCUCGCUGACCCAAGGACACUCUCAGCAGAACAAGUCGUUUCAGCAGAGCACUCCAGCGCCAAACCCAGAAGCCUCGGGGCAGAGGAAAAGACUUGUAUCAACAGUUGAUGAUUUCACAGAUUUUGUUUGAUUACAUUUCUUGUCCUGGCAGACACACUUGCAUACACACAAACACUGACAGGGUGUGUUUGUGUGUAAAUAUGUGAAUGGAAUAAAAAAUUAUCAUGAAAAAGG